AUGUCUGUCUAUUCAGGAUUUGCUACUCGAUAGUUGGAAGCCUAAUAUAACAAACUCGUUACUACUUUGCUCAAAAUAUUAUAGCGUAGAAUAAUUAAGUUCUAUAAUAAUGAAUUGGCUGAUGAGCCGCAGUUCAGGAGGGUGGUGGCAGAGACUCUUAUGAAAUUGAAUCAAAUGGAACACUAAAAAUACAAUGAACCUUAUAUUAGUGCUGUGAUGGGUGAGAUUUGCGAUUAUUUGGCAAUAUAACAAAAUUGUGCAACAGGUUGCGUCUGCUAAUGUCAUCUUCAUUUGAGAAAACAAACAUUUUUGACUUAGGAUAAAGAAAUCCCAUCAAAUUCUUCCUCUUGCAGAAAGCAAACAGUCAGUUCUAGGAAGGCAAGUAUCAAAGGCAUCAAUAAUACUACUUUUAUUGAAAAACCAUAACUAUCGAAAAUUCAACAAUACACUCGUGGGUCAUCCUCCUACAAAUCUCCCUAUUAUAUGAGUCAAAACAAUCAAUAGUAUGGGAAAUCCAAAAUGAACUUCUACUAAAAUACAUCCAAUGCCACUCAUAAUAGUUCUAUCGAAAGGCCUACCACUAAAAGUUAUUAGAGACCGCAAUCGAAAUCUCCAGGGAGAGGCAUUACGUCGAGAAUCAUGAAGUCGCAAGAGGGAUAAAGGGCUAAUCCGAAUGAGAGUUUGGAAGAGAGGAGAUACGAGAAACCACAACCACAAAAAUUCGGCUAAUCAUACAAUAAAAUUUUUAAAAAAAGGAUUUUUUGA